AUGGCCGCUCCCGAAGCUCACCACCUCUUCCAUAACCCAAUUGCCGAUCAUUCUUUCUCUCCGGAUAAGGCGACCCUUGCAGUUGCGCGGGAAAGCAAUGUGGAGCUUUAUCAGAAGUCCGGCAACAAGUUCUCGUUGACCGAUGAACUCAAGGGCCAUGAGAAGACUGUGACUGGAGUGGAUAUCGCUCCCAACAGUGGACGUAUUGUUACCUGUUCUCAGGACCGCAACGCCUACGUCUGGGAACGGACCCCCACGGGUUGGAAGCCAACGCUGGUUCUCCUUCGGAUAAACAGGGCUGCUACAUUUGUACGGUGGUCACCUUCUGAACAGAAGUUCGCUGUUGGAUCUGGUGCUCGCGUGAUCGCGGUGUGCUAUUUUGAAGAGGAGAAUGACUGGUGGAUCUCGAAGCACUUGAAGAAGCCCAUCCGCAGCACUAUUACCACCCUUGCCUGGCAUCCAAACUCCGUUCUCCUGGCUGCGGGGUCGACUGACUCUCAUGCCCGGGUGCUUUCCAGCUUCAUCAAGGGUGUCGACACCCGCCCGGAGCCCAGCGCCUGGGGUGAACGGCUCCCCUUUAACACAAUUUGUGGUGAAUUCCUGAAUGACUCGGCUGGUUGGAUUCAAGGUGUAUCCUUCUCUCCUAGUGGAGAUGCACUUGCCUUUACUGGCCAUGAUAGCAGUGUCACCGUCGUAUACCCUAGUGCGCCGGAACAGCCGCCUCGGGCAAUGUUGACCAUCGCUACUCGUCUUCUGCCUUUCAACAGUCUGAUUUGGAACGGCGAGAACGAGAUCAUCGCCGCAGGCCACGAUUGCGAACCGUACCGCCUUCGCGGUGACGAGAACGGAUGGCAACUUGCUGGGACCAUUGAAAGCAAGGCAGGGCCGGGUGCUGGGAGCGCUCGCGAGGAGUCUGCUCUUAAUAUGUUCCGCCAAAUGGACCUCAAGGGACAAACCCAAGCCGACACCCAACUCAAGACUACGCAUCAGAAUACUAUUAGCACCGUUAGGGUCUACGAGGAGGCCGACGGCGUCGUCCGCAAGUUCAGCACGAGCGGAGUCGAUGGCCGCGUUGUUAUCUGGACCAUCUAG